AUGCACGGCGGCGUCUCCCUAGGGAAGCGCCUGCGAGGCCGCUGGCUCGAACUCCGACGACUGGCCGGGAGAUCCACGCGAUUGAAGCUGGCCGCGAUUGGCACCGCAGCGGCGCUGCUGUGCUGGCUCAUCUACUUGAACACGCACGUGGUUUACACUUCAUGCAGAGAAGACCAGCCCCUGGCGGUGGUGCGAGGGGGGUUCAUGCCUGAUAAGGCGUUUGAGGAGAUACGCUCGGCUGCUGCGGGCGACCCGCUCGCGUUGAGGAACGAGCUGAACGAGGACAACUUCAAGUACACGCGGGGUUGGGUGGUGAAGUUCAACCGGGAGGGCCUGGCGCGCGUGCGGGGCAACGACAGCUGGGCGUACGCGGUGAGGUACUUCGACGCGGUGGAGAACCCGGAGGCCAACGCGUUCGUAAUGAACCUGCUGGUGGCAGAGCAGCCGCCGGCGGGGGAGGGGGACGCCGUGGGCCCGCACUUCGACGACACGGUGGCAAUCUUUUCGGAAAAGGAGCUGCUGGCGCAUCAGGUUAACGUGCUGUACGUUGGGGUGCCGGAAGACAUUGAGGGAGGGCAGUUGGAGGUGUGGCCCUACCAGUACACGGACAGGGAGACUUACAAGACUGUCAUACAGCCCCGUGAAAAUUCGAUGGUGGAAUUUCGAGGUGACGCAUGCCACCGUGUUCGCAAUUUUCAGUCCCCAAGUGGGCAGGCAAGGAUGAGCCUCGUUGUGGAACAGUACAUUGUCCCCCCAGGGCUGUAUGCAAGCACAGCGGAGUUCUGCUUUGCAAAUGAGUGCUGGGUAUGA